AUGUAUCGACAUCCUCAGAUCACGCCCUAUAAAAGCUCCUUCGAGUUCGAGCAGCUGAAGAAGUGGUUCUACAGCGCUGAUCAGAAGUUGAGAGCUAGGGCUGUUCAGAAGGUUGCCGCGUACGCUACCAAAGGAAGUCUUCCUCAUUCGCUAGAGUCCACCUCGUUGCUUACCAGUUCGACCUUGCUGGAUGAGCAACUGAGCAGUAUUAAUGCCGACCCCAUGCCUAUCAGGCUGAGUUACGCGAUGUCUCUGAUCAAGUUCUGCAACGGUCUUUUGGACCCGAUCCAGAAAUCUACAUAUGCUAUGAGUCUCAAUAGACUCGCAGAGAUACUGCAGCUUCCUACAUAUUUCGUGGAGAUCCGACACGCUGGGACUCAUGAAAUGCUUCCAUCACUGGAAAUGCUUCGAUUCAGUGCCCAAAGUGCUCUGGAAUGGCUAGAGAUUAAUUACUGGAACGAGGUCUUUGAAAGCACGUCUUCCGAGCCGCCUGAGGAGAAGACCGACCAGGAAAUAGAUGCAUUGACCGACAGCUUCAAAAUACUGCGGAAAAUCCGCAGAGAAGACAUCCAUAAGGUGUACAAGUUUGGAGACUCGACGGAAACGGGUACAAAAUACUGGAAAGCGAUGAAGGUGCUGAAGAGUGUCAAGGAAGACGUGUUAUUAAACUAUAUGGUGUACCAGAACUGUUUGGUGCUCAAAACGCCGCUCAACGAGAAAAAAGUGAACGGUAUCAGACUGCUUUACAAACCGAUCCUAGAAGAACUUGGUUACGACGUGGUGCUGGGCCUGUUCCAGACUUUUCUGGCUGCUGACACUAAAGAUGAGCUCUUUUCAGUGCAGCGCACACAGUGGUUGCAGUACUUCCUCUCAAACGGCCUUACAUUUAGCAGGAACUCCAUCUAUAGCAAGUUCCUCAAUACGCAUUCGAUAGGGGUGAUUUUUGCGCUGCUAACAAAACAUCCACUGGAGUCAACAGCCAAACUUCUAGAAACACUCAGUCAGCACAAACAGCUUUUGGAGCAGACAAAGCUUACAAUGAAGGUGAACGAUCAAAUAAAAUUCAUGCGCACAUUCUAUAUAUCGGAUCUCUCGUCGCAACCAGCGUUGAAGAAACAAAAGUCUGAGUCGCUGUUUCUUUUCGAACAACAUGAGCUCUGGGAACCAAAGCCUUUUGGUCAGUCUUGA